GUUGCGCACGGUCCUCCUCCUCUUCUCCACUCAUCUCUCCAGGAGCUACUCUUUUGUUUCUUACCUCGUCCAAAAAGGGGGGGAAACAAACACAGAAUCUGCGCUUUAGAGAUCACUUCAAGUUUAAAGCGGCUGCGGCAAGUUAAAUUCAAAUCCAAGCUUUGUUUGGCUCUGGGAUAAUCGUGCGGGAUCUGCGGCGGAUACACUGAUACUCGUGCGUGCGGACAGAGGAGCUCAAAGGAUUUGGGUGGAUGGUUUUAAAUGUUCACCAGCUUUGGCACACUAUCCACCGGACGCAUCUAGGAGCUCCCGGACUCUCCUUCCCCCCCCUGUUAAUAAACAGAGGGACCAUGUUGUUGGACAAACUGUGCUGGCUGCUGGCCCUCCUGGCCUUGUCAUCCGCGGUGCUGACCUCCUCUAAUGAGUCCCUCUCCGCUCCAAGGAUCUUCCUGUCCUUCAAAGAGCUGAAGUCCACUGGCACCGCUCACCACUUCUCCUUCUUGCUGAACUCGACCGACUAUCGUAUCCUCCGCAUGGACGAGGACCAUGACCGCAUGUAUGUGGGCAGCAAAGAUUACAUCCUCUCUCUGGAUCUGCACGACAUCAACAAGGAGCCGCUCAUAAUCCACUGGCCUGUUGUCCCGCAGAGGAAGACUGAAUGUGUGUUGUCUGGAAAAGACACUAAUGGGGAAUGUGGAAACUUCAUCCGUCUGAUCGAGCCGUGGAACCGGACCCACCUGUAUGUGUGCGGGACAGGGGCGUACAACCCCGUCUGCACCUACGUGGACCGAGGACGCAGGUCGCAGGGGUCCCACUUCCUACAGGCAUCCCAAUCUGGAGGGAGAACGAGUCGGGCAGCAGACUUCAGCACCACAUCAGAGCACUUGGAGGCGAAGGAAUAUAUUUUCCGACUUGAACCUGGUAAAGUGGAUUCUGGUAAAGGAAAAUGUCCGUAUGACCCCAAACUGAACAGCGUCUCAGCUUUGAUCAAUGGAGAGCUGUACGCCGGAGUCUACAUCGAUUUCAUGGGAACAGACUCUGCUAUCUUCCGUACGCUGGGGAAGCAGACAGGCAUGAGGACUGAUCAGUACAACUCCAGAUGGUUGAACGAUCCCACAUUCAUCCACGCACACCUCAUCCCAGACAGCGCCGAGAAGAAUGAUGACAAGCUCUACUUUUUCUUCCGCGAGAAAGCCUCUGAGAUGGGCCAGAGUCCCAUGACCCAGUCCAGGAUAGGGCGGAUCUGCCUGAAUGACGACGGUGGACACUGCUGCCUGGUCAACAAGUGGAGCACGUUUCUGAAGGCUCGACUCAUCUGCUCGGUGCCUGGACCGGACGGCAUUGAGACGCACUUUGAUGAACUGAGGGAUGUUUAUAUCCAGCCAACUCAAGACACCAAGAAUCCUGUCAUCUACGGAGUCUUCUCAGUGUCGGGCGCCGUCUUUAAAGGCUCGGCGGUGUGCGUGUACUCCAUGGCCGACAUCCGCAUGGUCUUCCACGGGCCCUUCGCCCACAAGGAAGGGCCCAACUACCAGUGGGUGGCGUACCAGGGGAAGAUCCCCUACCCACGGCCUGGCACUUGUCCCGGAGGCACCUUCACCCCCAACAUGAAAUCCACAAAGGAUUACCCAGAUGAGGUUAUCAACUUCAUGAGGAACCACCCCACCAUGCACAAUGCUAUAUACCCGGUGCACAAGCGCCCCCUGGUGGUCAGAACCAACGUGGAGUACGAGUUCACCACAAUUGCCGUGGACCAGGUGGCGGCUGCUGACGGCAACUACGAGGUGCUCUUCCUGGGAACAGAUCGAGGGACAGUCCAGAAAGUUAUUGUCCUGCCGAGAGACGACUUGCAGACAGAGGAGCUGGUCCUGGAGGAAGUGGAGGUCUUCAAGGUUCCCACUCCAAUUACCACCAUGAAGAUUUCAUCCAAACGGCAACAACUGUACGUGGGGUCAGUCCUGGGUGUGACCCACCUCGCGCUCCACCGCUGCGACGUGUACGGCGAGGCCUGCGCUGACUGCUGUCUGGCCAGAGACCCGUACUGCGCCUGGGACGGCAAAUCCUGCUCCAGAUACUCUGCCUCCCAGAAGAGACGGAGCCGUCGACAGGAUGUAAAGUACGGCAACCCAAUCCGCCAGUGCAGAGGUUACAACUCCAAUGCAAACAAGAACACUCUGGAGACCGUUCAGUACGGUGUGGAGGGCAGCACCACGUUCCUGGAGUGUCAGGCCCGGUCUCCUCACAUGUCUCUGAAGUGGCACCUGCAGAAGGAAAACAGUGACAGGAGGAAAGAGAUUCGCUCCGAGGGCCGCACCCUGAAAACCGAGCAGGGCCUUCUGAUCCGCUCGCUGCAGUCCUCUGACGGCGGCAUUUACCAGUGCACGUCAACAGAGAAAAACUUCAAGCACACGCUCGUCAAGCUGCAGCUCGUGGUCCUCUCCAGCCGCAUGGUCAACAGCGUGCUGGUGGAGACCGGCAGCCCGGCGCUGCCCCCGCUCCAGUCCAGCGCCUGGACUCCGAGCGCUGGCCAGUACAAGGACCUGCUGACCAUUCUGAGCCAGCCGGAGAUGGGCCUCAUCAACCAGUACUGCCAGGAUUACUGGCAGCUCGGAGACGCCGGCCUCGGGGACAGCAAAGCCAAAAGCCUGAAGGAGCUGAAAGAACAGAAGAAGCCGCGCAACCGCCGGCAUCACGACGAGGAAACGACUCCGUCUGAGACAUGAGGAGCUGGACGACGCACCCCCUCAUCCUCAAACACCUCCUCCCCCCCCGUCCACCACACAACCUCCUAAACACUGCAACCCUCCAUCUUAGGGAACUGAAAUCACGUUGUCAUCAUGGACGAGACAGACACUGCAACCCAAAGCAACAGCACCCAACAGUUUCUAUGUAACUGUUUGAAAAAUUCACAAUAUUUAUUGUAGGUUGUAAAAAGUAAUUCUUUGUACGUAUUUAGAAGACAUGUUUUCUGUGAAUAGGUCAAUCUGUGCAAAUAUUGUUGUUAUUCUAUUAUUGUUAGUGUUAUUUCUUUAUAACAAUGUGUUAUUAUGUUGAGACUAUGUUUAUGUUUGGUGUUUUUGAGAAACAGCAACAGUAACCCAGGACGUUGGAAGGUGUCCACACAAGGACGAGGACCGAUGGGACGUGUGUUCAGAAACGGUGAAUGUUGGGAUCACAUGACUGCUGGCAGUAUUCAGUGUCUAAGCCGGAGGUGGAAUCAAGGAGUCACUGCUCUUCUUCCUGAAUUGUCUUCACCAGGACGCUCUACUGUGUAACAGACAGUUUUUUGUUAUUUUUACGACCGCAAGAUACAAGCUAUUGACGGAAGGACGAGGACAUUUCAUGGGACAUUUCCGGAUAAAGAGGAAUGCCCACCGACUGCAGCUGUGUCACGGUCCUUCGGUCACUUGGUAACGAACAGUCAUCUCCUCUGGAGACGAUGUGGUCCAGCCCCGGCCCCGAAAGCCACCACGUUAUUUCACUCAUCGCCCGAAAUUCUUCCAAAAUCCGUUGCUGCCAAGUGUUUGUUCGGUUUCUAUGUGAAUAUCACAUCUCAAUGUUGUACCCUUAACAAAACGUGAUCUUCGUGAUAAGCUGUUUUUAUUUCUUUCUUUUUUUUUGCGGGGGUGGGGGGGGGAAGGGGUCUUUUAACGACACAAAAGCUGAAAAUAUAACAUUGCCUUCUCUUGUCUCUCUGUUUCGAGAGGAGAAAUUCCAGCAGGCAGCUACGUGUGAGUUCGUGACAGUUUGUGAUUCAAAAAACAAAAAGAAAAAAAGAAUAGAAAUGACUAUUUGAGACAAAGCACCUUCUGUUGCCAAAUCAGUGAUCUUGAUGACCAGUAAAUACUUCACAUGUAGUUGGGGCAUAUUAUGCAGUUUAGUCACAUGAGAGAGCAUUCAGCUUCUAUGGUCUAACGGAAUUGUUUCUAAGCUCGAGAUGAAUCCAAAGUUUGCAUUCCUGCCAGUUUUAUGCUAAAUACAGGGAAUAUUGUGUUUGGCCACUUAAACCAGUCGACACUUCAGUUAGAACACAGUGACUAAUGUGUUGUUUCACUUCAGUGCUCGAGGUCUGGUCACUUUAUCGGUGCAGAGCUACUUUAGGUCAGUCUGGUGCGGAUCCAUCCUGCUCUCCACCACGCCACAGACUUUAUAAACCUGAGCCGCUUCCAUUCAGUUAAAAAAAACAAGCAACCAGUACAACCACUAAAUGAGCGGAUCACUGCUAAAACCCUGAAGAGAAACCUGUACCACACUCUUCAGAAGGGGGCUUUUCAUCGUGCAUGGCAUGUACAGUGUAUGUUUAUGGUAUUUGUCUAAAAAUGCUCCGUUGCUGUGGAUGUCAGUGAAUGUCUUUCUCGUCGUGGGAAUAUGGAAACACUAUCGGUGCAAGAAAGACGUGAUCACACCUUUUUUUUUCUUCAUUUUUUUUCAAAGGUGUGAAAUACUGAAGGUGCAGAAAGGUCAGAUGGUGAUUUAAAAUCCUCGAUUUCUCUCUCCCACUCUGUCUCUUUACCUCUCUCUCUCUCUCUCUUUCUCCUCUCUCGGAAAUGUGCUAAACAGAUUCUGCGCAUCUCUUCUGUUUUCUCCGUUUUUCCGACUUUGCUCGGAGUCAUUGAGGUAAAGAGAUGUAUGAUAUAAUGCACAGUUGAUGUUAUUGUAAUGACAUGUAAAAAGUUACUUUUAUCUUUUCUUCCUCAUCAAUGUUGCGGACUAAUAAAUUAAAGCUCUAUAUUUUA